CUUUUUCUAUUGUAUAAAUUUAAUUUCUUUUUGCAAUGAUCAUCCACAACAAUAUUGAUGAAAUCAAUAGAAAGAGGAAGAAUUUUCAUACUCAUUUCGAAAAUCCUUACGAAAAUCUACUAGAAGAAGAUGACGAUGAUGAAUUUUUGGAACUUUCAUUAGUAACACCCUCCCGUUCUACUAGACCUCGAAUACAACCUCGUGAAAAUCUCAAAUCGAGUACUUUGAAUCUCCGACAAUGCACGAUUUUAAAACCAGCCGUAAUACCAAAAGAAACUGUUCAAUCGAGUUGUUUGGAUCUCCAACAACUCAACAUGAUACCCAAAGAAACUGUUUUGAAUCUCCAACAACUCACCACAAUGCCAAAAGAAACUGUUCAAUCGAGUACUUUGAAUCUCCAACAACUUAACAUAAUACCAAAAGAAACUGUUUUGAAUCUCCAACAAUUCACUAUGAUGCCAAAAGAAACUGUUCAAUCGAGUACUUUGAAUCUCCAACAACUCAACAUAAUACCAAAAGAAACUGAAACAGCUCAAUCGAGCACCUUGAAUCACCAACAGAUUUUAAAACCGAUCAUGAUACCAAAAGAAACUAUUCAACGCAGAAGACGUAACUCCUCAAAGCCAAAACUAAUGCAGGAGGUGAAGAUUGAGACUGUAACUCCUCCAUUUCCUUGGGCAACAAACUCAAUAGCUACAGUACACACGUUGCAAUACUUGUUGUCGAAGCAAUUAAUCAUAAUAAGCGGAGAUGUUCAAUGCAGGAGAUGUGAGAAGAGAUAUACUAUGGAAUUCGAUUUGAAAGAAAAGUUUGUUGAGAUUGGAUCUUACGUGAUGAAAAAUAAAACAUUUCUCAAAGAACGUGCACCGUCUAUUUGGGCGAAUCCGAUUCUUCCUACAUGUCAAUUUUGUAAUCAAGAGAAUAGCGCGAAACCGAUUAUAUGUUCAGAUAAGAAUAAGAUAAAUUGGCUGUUUUUGUUACUUGGUCAGAUGUUGGGAUGUUGUACACUUGAUGAACUUAAGUUUUUUUGUGAACAUACAAAUAAUCAUCGAACGGGUGCAAAGGAUCGUGUUCUUUUUUUGACGUACCUAACGUUGUGCAGACAAGUCGAUCCAACUGGGCCGUUUCAUCGUUGAUAUUCGAUCGUUGCAUGAUCUUGGUAUAUUUUAUUUUUUUUGUUUUGAAUCUGAUUGUUAGUUGCAAUUUAAUUUUUACUUGUAGUCACGACGUUUGUAUUGAUUGAUUAUUUUUAUUCAAAUUAAUAGCAUUUUAACCAUAUAUUUAGUGGUUUAUUGCUUUUGUUUGUAUUUAAGAAUUGAAAAAAAAAAAAAGACAUUAACACUUCUAUUAAACGAAGAAGAAUUGUCUGUAUUUAAGAAUUGACAAAAAAGAGAAAAUAUUAACACUUUUACUAAACGAACUAAAAUAAAAUACUUUUACUAAAAAAAUAAAUAAAAUACUUUUACUAAAAGAAAAAAAUUAAGACGCAGGUCAUUGUUGUGUCGCAAUGGAUAUGACUUAUAUAAUUUAUCGUACUUGAAUUAUUUUGAUGAAUAUAUACAAUAUUUGAAUACAUUAUUUUUUGUCGUUACAUAAUGUCACAUAUCAACAAUUUAGAUGAUAAAUAUAUAAAAUAAAAUAAAAACUAGAAAAGUAGACAUAAUGUCGCAC